AUGUCUGAUAAGGAAGGCGUGGAGGAUCCCAAAGUUAUCUCUGUUGGGUCUUUUAAAGACUUAAGGUCUUACUUUGAUCAAAAAUUUUCACAUUUAAAGCGUGAGCUUUCUGAUGAUCAACUCAAAUCGUCUUCAUCCUUGGUGAAGAAACUUAAGACCGAAACGAGCUUAAGCUUCAAGUUUAGCGGCAACAAGAAACAGUUCGAGUUUAAUACUGAGACUUUGGAACACGUCACUCAGAGUCUUUCUUUUGUCGAUUCGCUGAAAUCUCUGGUUGAUCUUGAAAACUCUGAGAAUCAUCAAGUUUCAGCGCUGAUUCUUAAGCUCGACGAUUCCCUCAACGUUGCUUCAAAGGCCAUAAAGCGAAGAAACAAGCUCAUCAGAAUAGCGGAUAAAUCGGAGGCUGGCUGGGCCGCAGUCGACGAGUAUCUUUCUGACGAAGUCGCUUCUGGUUCUGAAGACGAGAAGAAGAUCCGAGCUGCGGAGCAGAGGGCGUUGCGAAAGAAGAAAAACGCUCGCAGUGCGAAGUCGGGACAGAAGUUGAGUAUUUUAUCUGUUAUUUUUAUUCGUUUCCUUUGCCCGUUCUUUAUUUUCUUUAGCGUUUAGGAGGUCGUAUUAUACCACUGCCGACCUAUUCCUCCUAUACAAUAAAUUCAUUAUUGUGUAUUUGCUUGUGUGUGUUUCAUUAUUACAGAGUUUAGAGCAUAAAUAAGUUAUUUUCGGUACGCAGUUUAGAAAAUAAAUGUUUUUAUGCUCGGUGCGUUGGGAAUUAUGCGUGCGAAUGGAGGUUACGUAAUGCGUACUGCAUUCAGGCGUGUUCAUCACGCUUAUUGUUGGGUUGUGUUUAAAUAGGUUCACCACGUGUUGUGCUCUUACUUUAGGUCUUUUCAGUGGGUGUAAUCGACCGUCACUUAGUUUUCCUCUUUCUUCCUUUUUUCUUUACAGGUCAUUCAGCGUCCAGAGACUUCCUCGGGGUUUUCAUCGGCUGUCUCCUCUAUCACUCCAAGAAAUUUUACUAAUUUUUGUCCUCAAACGUCAAAGGGCGCCUUUGUUAAAGGCCGUUAUGACAUCUGCUUCGCCUGCGGCAAGACCGGCCAUUGGAGAGCAAGUUGCCCCAACUUAUUCUUCACUCCCGGAUCAACCUACAAACGAGUUUGACUAAUAGUCGCGGGUCGCGGGUCGCGGGUCGCGGGUCCAAUGUCGCGGUCGCGGGUCCAAUGUCGCGGUCGCGGGUCCGAAGUCGCGGUCGCGGGUCCAAUGUCGCGGCAGGGGAAAAUGAUUUGAAAACGACUGAUAUGAAAACAAUAUGAAGGGAAAAAAUCUUUUUUGUGCACGAUACUCUACGGUAGCCAAUUUACAGGUUACGGAUGUUAGAGUCAACAAUAUAAUGUCUCAAGAGUCUCAAGAAAAGACCUAAAAGAAAAAGCUGGCCGACUUUUGUGUUCACCGCAAGUUUAUUUUGUUUUCUUUCUGUCGGGCCCAGUUAAGUGUAAAUUCAGCUUUGAAUAUACUUAUGUAUAACAGUAUCUGAUAAAAAAUGUUACCAUGAGUAACCAUUGUUUUCUUCUUGUCUAUGAAUUGCUCACAAAUUCUUAGGGGUGCAUUCACUGAAAAAUGUGCGAUACACUUCAUAGACUAUAAAUUAUAAACGUUACAACAACUUAAAACCUUUUAUAAAAAAGGCUAACUCGGGCUCGAAAAGCUACGAGUCUGUCGGUAGAAGAAACGAGAACUGUUUCAAUUUUAACAAAUGUUUUCGGCAAAAAUAAAGAAAACACUUGUUGAAAAAUUUCCUGGUCGCUGUUACGAAAAAUUGUAUUGCGUGACUAGUGUGACUUUCUAGAAGCUUCGCGAGAGUUCAUAAUUUGUUUAUUUUAGGAUCUUGUGUAAGCGUGUCUAAAAGCGGUAUAUUUUGUAAUCUUUCUAUAAUUGGACUCUUUGGAAAGUUCUAGAAUCUUAUUGUAAACGUAUAUAAGGUAGGCGAGCCCGAGUUAAGUUUUAACUAGUUUUCACAAGCGAAGAGAGUUUGACGUUGGUCGUGUUUAGUCAAGUGUGACGAAGGCAGUUUUUAUUCAAGUUGGCGGAGGCCACGUAAGUUUAACGAGUUACGUGCUGUUGUGGAGUUUUAAUCAGUGGAAACUACGUUCAUCUUUGGGAUAAAUCUUCUUGUUGCUGUUCCGACAACCCUACGUUCAGUUUAGUUUGCAAGCUACCCGUCCUCUAAAAGAUUUCCCGCGUAAAAGUCGCAAACUACCAAAAUAAACUCUUUGCACAAGUAACUGGAAAGAGGAGGAGAGACGUUGGGCUUGAAGUGCCAGUAAAGUACAUUCAAGCGGGUAUUCAAGGCAUGACUUUAAUAAAAAACAAGUAAUAAUCCACAGCAAGAGGGGAUCAAGCUCCAGCUUUAUCCUCUCUUGUCCACAGAAAGGAGUUUGUUCCCAAUAACGAUUGAAAUCCGGAAUCCAAGUUCUACUAAGAGAGACUAGAUCAUAGUCUCUUGGUUCUACUGACAAAGACUUGAAUCCAGUACCUGGAAUCUGGAAUUACUUACCUAAUUUAUUGUCUUUUCUUAGCUCUGGUGGAGUUGAUAACUUACCGUUUUCAGUGUCUGGUUUACUUUCUUUUUCAGCUUCAUGAUAUCGGGCGUUAUUAUUUCCUUACCUACUUACUCACUUAGUUAUUUACGAUGCAUGUUUUCAAGAUUUGACUGAGACGCACAUCGAAUGGCUUCCUAUUGUCAGGUUGUCCUGGUUGCCAUUUGGGUGAAGAGAACAAGAAGUUAUAUUGAACUCUCUGGGUUGCCGUCUCAGUUGUAAAAAUAAAAGCAUUAAGCGAAAAUCUUGCUUCGAGGAACAGACUCCUUUCUGUGGAUUAUUACUUGUUUCCAUAUUAAAUUCAUGCCUUGAAUACUGCUUGAAUGAAGUUUCAUGCGCCUAUUUACAUUUUCUUUCAGUUUUGCCGAAAACAUUUGUUAAAUAUAAGAGUUCUCGUUUCUUCUACCGACAGAUUCGUAGCUUUUUGAGCCCGAGUUCGCUUUUUUUAAAAAAAAGGCUUUAAGUUGUUGUAACGUUUAUAAUCUGUAGUCUAUGAAGUGCAUCGCAUAUUUUUCAGUAAUUGAACCCUUAAGCUUUUGUGAGCAAUUCAUCGACAAGAAGAAAGCAAUGGUAACUUAUGGUAACGUUUUUUAUCAGAUACUGUUAUGCAUAAGUAUAUUCAAAGCUGAAUUUACACAUAACUGAGCCCGACAGAAAGAAAAAAAAAAUAAACUUGCGCUGAACACAAAAGUCGGCCAGCUUUUUCUUUUAGGUCUUUUCUUGAGACAUUAUUUUGUUGACUCUAACAUCCGUAACCUGUAAAUUGGCUACCGUAAAGUAUUGUGCAUAAAAAAGAUUUUUUCCCUUUAUAUUGUGUUCAUAUCAGUCGUUUUCACUCAGCUGUUACCUCGAAGGCCAAAUCAUUUUCCCCUGCCGCGACAUUGGACCCGCGACCGCGCCUUUGGACCAGCGACCGCGACAUUGCACCCGCGACCGCGACUUUGGACCCGCGACCCGCGACCCGCGACCCGCGACUAUUAGUCAAACUCCCUACAAACAGAUCCAAAGCUUGUCAAGUAAAGACAGCGGUUCUUCUGGGCAGCAGUAGUUCCAUUGCUGAUAGUAAAGCAGUAAACGAAACUCUUGAAGGUAUUUUUGACGAAGGUCCAGCUUUAGAGGAGUGUUUUGAAUUUGAGAAUUCUCCCGAUAGUAUUCAAUCGGUUAAGGGUAGGCUUAAAGCUCAUUUUAGUUUUUGGGCGGAUACGUUAGGUGCAAAUGAUUUCAUUCUCCGGGUUAUUGACAAGGGGUAUGCCAUACCCUUUAUUACAUUUCCUCAGAAUGCGUUUUUCGACAAUAACCAUUCAGCACUUACGCACGCUGAUUUUGUUUUGAAGGCUAUUCAAGAGCUUAUUUUGUCAGGUUCAGUUGUUGAAGUAUCUAGUCCUCCUCAUGUUGUCAAUCCCCUGUCUGUUUCCGUACAGAGUUGCGGCAAGAAGAGGUUGAUUUUAGACCUCAGGCAUGUCAAUAAACAUAUCUGGAAAGAAAAGUUUAAGUUUGAGGAUAUUAGAAACGCUUGUGUUUAUCUUCCUUCCGAUCAUUUCAUGUUUAAAUUUGAUCUCAAAUCAGGCUACCACCAUAUUGAUAUUUUGCAGGAUCAUCAAACUUUUUUAGGGUUUUCUUGGGUUGUUAACGGCGUAAGGAAAUUUUUUGUGUUUACAGUACUCCCUUUUGGGCUCUCCUCAGCUCCUUAUAUUUUCACUAAGGUUGUUCGUGUUCUCGUCCGAUAUUGGAGAAGUCAUGCUGUGAGAAUAACAGUUUACCUUGAUGACGGGCUUGGUUCCGCCCGUGAUUUCGCUCGCUGCGAAGCUGCCUCAUUAUUUGUUAAGACUUCGCUUCAGCUUUCUGGUUUCCUGCCUAAUGACAGUAAAUCGAUUUGGCAACCAACUUCUUGUUUAGUCUGGUUGGGUUAUUGUAUUGAUUUAGCCGUUCAUACUAUUUCCAUUCCUUCGGUUAGGAUUCUCAGUGUCGUACAGGUUAUUGAUUCAAUUCGUUCUCAGUAUCCUUCUAGUACUGCUAGAAAAUUGGCUCAGUUUGUAGGUAAGGUUAUCUCUAUGGGUUUCGUCUUUGGUAACGUUACUCGUAUUAUGACAAGGUAUUCUCAUUUCGAUAUUUUAAGAAGCCCUACAUGGGACGGAAAAAUUUCCCUGUCGGGUUCGACUCUGAAGGAAUUAUGUUUUUGGAAAGAGAACAUUCCUACCCUAAAUAGUAGGCGCCUCUUGUCUACACAGUUUCAUUAUUCCCGUGUGUGUUAUUCCGAUGCGAGUUCUACAGGCUGCGCCAGUUAUAUGUUAGAUCUUCACAACACCAUUUCUCACAAGUUGUGGAGUGUUGAUGAGGCGCAGAAGAGCUCCUCUUACAGGGAACUUAAGGCCGUUUUCCUGGGUCUAGAAUCUUUUUUGCCUUUACUUAAAGGGCGCACUAUUAAGUGGUAUACUGACAAUCAAAGUGUUGCUAGAAUCGUUGAAGUAGGAAGCAUGAAGGAAGAUUUGCAAUGCUUAGCUUUGCGUAUUUUUAGUAUGUGCUUGCUCAGUUGCAUCACAUUGGAAAUCGAAUGGAUUCCGAGAUCGGCUAAUGAUAGAGCUGAUUUUUUGAGCAGAAUAGUGGAUUAUGAUGAUUGGCGGGUCAACAGGGACUAUUUCCUUUUGGCCGAAGAGAAAUGGGGUCCUCAUUCUGUGGACCGGUUUGCGAAUCAUGAGAAUACUCAGUUGCCCCGUUUUAAUAGCAGGUUUUGGUGCCCUGGUACAGAGGCGGUUGAUGCCUUUUCUGUUUCUUGGGCGGGCGAGAAUAAUUGGCUCGUUCCACCUAUUUUUCUCAUCCCUAAGGUCCUUAAUCACAUGGUUGCCCUUGGCGGUCGCGCUACACUUGUUGUUCCUGCUUGGCCUUCCGCCCCAUUUUGGCCUUUAAUUUUUACUGACGAGGGUUUGUCUCCCAUAUUCUCUGAUAUUUUUGAGAUCCCCUUAGGUACUGAUGUUUUCGUAUUGGGUAACUAUAAAAAUUCCCUUUUUGGAUCACCUAAUUUUCGUUCAGGGGUUUUGUUCUUGCGGUUUUCCUAGAGAGGCCGUAGUAAUCCCCCCCUUUUUCAGUCUUGUAGGGGGUUUUUUCCCUGCAGUUUAUAGAGUUCUUACGCUCAUACCACAUGGUAUCCGAGUAUUUUGGGAUGCACUUGGAUCCUUGUUUUGUGGACCACUUGGUCUUUUUUAUUAUGCAAAGGCCACUUUGGCCCUUAGUGGUAAUAUUUUUCUGUGUUUUUUCUUGGGACCACUUGGACCCAACCUUACCUCGUUUCACUACGUGUUGUAUUUUUCUGACACAUUUUUUCUUUGGUCAUUUUAUUUUCUCUGUUUUUUGCUUCAGAUGUUAAAGCAGCUGCCAGUCGGACGUUUGGCGUUUUACUUUGUGAGAGGUUUUGGCUCUCUGCCUUUAAUUCUCGAGCUGAUAACACAGUUAUUAAUUAUUGUAAAUCAUUUUGUAAGUUUAAAGCGUGGUGCUUGCAGAGCACUGGGGAGGUUUCUUUUCUCCCAGCUACUUCCUUCACAGUUUCCUUGUAUUUGCAUCAUUUAUUAGAAAAUUCGUUAGGUAGUUCCACCAUUUACGGCGUUUUUUACGCUAUUAACUGGGUACAUAAGUUAUCAGGUUUUGAGAAUCCCAAUCCGUGUGAAAACUUUCUCGUCAGGUCUAUUGUUGAGGCUUCCAGUCGUGCUCCUCGUAAACCUGUCAGGAAGGCGGAGCCCAUUACCCCAGAGAUCCUUGGCUUAAUUUUGCAGCAUUAUGGGGAAAGUAGUAACUUACUUGAUAUCCGGUUUGUCUGUAUGUGUUUACUUGCAUAUGCUGGCUUUUUCCGCAUUUCCGAGCUUUUAAGCAUUAGGAGAUCUAAUAUUGUAACUGAAGAUCUCUAUCAUAAGAUUUUCAUAGAAGUUAGCAAGACUAAUAGGUACAGAGAGGGUUCCUGGGUUUAUAUUGCCAAGACAGGCAAUAUUACUUGCCCUUAUACAUACCUUAUUAAGUACUUAGAAGCUGCCAGGAUUCCUUCUUUUUCUCAGAAUUUCAUUUUCAGAUCCUUACGCUACAACAAGGAUUUGAAGGGCAAUGUCUUGUCUUCAAAGCCCCUCACUGCUAGCAGGGCGGGAGAAAUUCUUAAGGGGAAGCUGAAAGCUAUUGGGUUAGACCCUUCUAAGUUUAGUAGUCACAGCUUUAGGUCCGGAGGAGCUACUUCCGCUGCUAAUCUGAAUGUUCCAGAUCGGCUUUUUAAAGUUCACGGAAGGUGGAAGUCAGAUUCAGCUAAAGACGGCUACGUCCACGAUAAAGUCGACUCGCGUCUUUAUGUUCCUUUGCACAUUGGAAUUUAA